AUGAGGGAAGAAAACAAAUCCUCUACCUUAGAUUUCAUCCUCCUGGGUGUUACUGGUCAGCAAGAGCAGGAAGAUUUCUUCUUCAUCCUCUUCCUGUUUGUUUAUCCCAUCGCAUUGAUUGGAAACCUGCUCACCAUCUUGGCCAUUCAUUCUGACAUUCGCCUCCACAACCAUAUGUAUUGUUUCCUGGCCAACCUCUCCUUUGUUGACAUCUUCUUCUCCUCUGUAACACUCCCUAAGAUGCUGACCAACCAUCUUUUGGGCACCGAGGCCGUCUCCUUUGGGGUGUGCCUAAGGCAAAUGCAUUUGAUAAUAGCCUUGGACAACACAGACAACUAUAUCUUGGCAGCAAUGGCAGAUGAUCAUGCUGUGGCCAUCAGUCGCCCAAUUCAUUACACAACAAUUAUGAGCCCACGGUCUUGUGUCCUGCUAGUUGUUGGGUCUUGGGUGGUUGGAAAUGCCAAUGCCUUCCCCCACACUCUGCUCACAGCUGGUCUGUCCUUCUGUGGAAGCCAGAAAGUGACAAACUUCUACUGUUACAUUGCCUCUUUGCUCAAGCUGUCUUGUUCUAACAUCCACUUCAAUGUGAAGAUGAUAUAUCUAGGGAUUGGUGUUUUCUCCGUGCCAUUACUAUGCAUUGUCCUCUCCUAUGUUCAUGUGUUUUCCACGGUGUUACAGGUUCCAUCCACCAAAGGUGUGCUCAAAGCCUUCUCUACCUGUGGUUCCCACCUCACAGUUGUUUCUUUGUACUAUGGGACAAUCAUGGGCAUGUAUUUCCGCCCUCUGACUAGUUACAGCCUAAAGGAUGCUGUAAUAACAGUGAUGUACAUGGCAAUGACACCAAUGUUAAAUACUUUCAUCUAUAGUUUCAGAAGUAGGGACAUGAAAUCUGCCCUGGGGAAACUCUUCAGCAAGAGAAUCUCCUCAUAA